GCUAGACCUUUCUAGAGCGAUUUUCUAGAAAAUUGGUUUUCCAGAAAACUCGAAAAAUCUCCGAAACUUUACCUUUAAGUCACGAUUGUAGCCCAUGAAAUUAUGAUCAAAAUGAGACAUAUCCAACCUCUACGUGAUCUAUCUGCGAAGUUAUAGAAUUUACAAGAAAAGUCCUAAAUUUUCAUUGUCAGCUCAAAGCCACAGAAAUAAGAAGAAAUUCAUUUAAGGCUUUCCUUGUAAAUUCUAUAACUUUGCCGAUUUUCUCCUGCACAUAUGCCGUCAUAUGCAGUUAGCAAAUCCCAGUCUUUGAACAUUAUUAAUUAAAGUUACAUGUUUUUGAACUUAUAUUUUCAUAUCUUCAAGAAGUUUUAAGAGAAAGCGAUCAAUAAUAUGCUAAUGCGGAAGAAGCAGCUCUCAAAACGAUUGCAAAUAAGAAGCAUCAAGAAGAUCUGGAAGCGGAAGAGCAUCGUCAGCGAUGUAUUCAAGAAUGCGCCGAAUUAGAAAAGGCAAGUGCAGCUCGUAAUCAACAGUAAAUACGAGAAUGGGAGAUUCGACAAGGGAUCGAUUCUGAGCGAGCAGUGAUAGAAGCUUUGACUCGACAAAACGAAACUGAAGAGUUUCAACAGCUCCUACUCAAACAAGUUUCAAAAGGUUUGAAGUCAUCAGAAAUGUCAGACGAAGAUGAAUUGACAUUGGCAGAGUUGAAGUUUAAACGUGAAACAUCCCAAAAACCGAUGGAAAAGGUACUUGGGUAUGACACCUACAUGAACAAAGACAAUCGAAUGGUUUUAAUAGUACCGGACGCAGUAACUACUAUUAUAACAGAAGACCGAAACGGAUUACAAACUACUACUUUUUUUCAAACUCAGUCCGGCAGUAGUAUUCGCAGACUAACUUCAACAUGCAAGAAAAGUAUUCAAGAAAUAGUAUCAAAUCUAGCCGAGUCGGUGGCACCCGGUCAGGGUGAAACACUAGUGAAUCUUUCGGGUUUAGAUACGAUGUUUGAAAGAGCACACCGUCAAAAAUCAACAUUAGAGGUUAAUAGCGCGAUGGUCAGUUACCUCAUCGAGAUGUAUCGUCAGUAUGAUCAACAGAAAUUGCCAUACCAGGAAAAAAUUCGAAUUUUGUCAUUGUUACCUGAAGACUGGACAUACAAUGAGAUACAGGAGAAAUUUGGCUGUACUCGACAUGCUGUGAACCUAGCGAAAGAUUUACGGUUGUCCACGACUACACCGUUACAUUUAGAACCCCAGAAAUGCGUUAUACGCUCUCGUAUCUCGCCAGCGUUAACGGAACACUUCAUUACUUGGCUGGUAGAAACUGAAAUGUUGGUAUCUAUACCGUGA